AUGGCUUAUAAUAAAGCUCAAAAACAUAGUAAUUUUUAAACAGAAUUCAAAGAACAUUAUAUAGUAGAUGAGCAAGAUUUUUAGGGUUAAUAGCAGCUGUAAUCAUCAUAAUAAAGUUAAGGGGUUUAGACUUCAAGCAACUAGUUAAUUGCUGAAGUGAGAGUUUGUGAUAAAGUUGCAUUCACAUUUGGAGAUUAAAAUAGCAUAUUUUAGAUAGAAAAUUCUUCAACAACUACUGCAAAUUAAGGUCAGCAGAUGUUAAAUUAAUCAUAAGGGUUAAAUUCAUAAAAACAAGCGCCUGCUAUACUAACACUAGAGUUCGAAAUACCAAGACAGGCUAUAAUUUCAAACAUGGUAUUUGCAUCAUAACAACCAGCAUUCAGUAGAAGUAAUUUUAAAUGCCUUAAUAUCGAAACUUUUGUUUAAGAAACAAAAAGUACAUAAAGAAUGCUUCAAAUUAGUGAAAACGAAAGUGAUGAAGAUAAGCACUUAAAAAUAGACGCGAUUGGGCUUUCAAAAAAGUUUAGGGUUUAAUUUCUCUGUAUGAGCUACAGUAUACUAGAUGUAGCAAUCAAAUUUGAAAAAAAUGAAAGUUUAGAUUUUUCAGAAGAAGCGUGCAAUUUUCUAAAAGUUUUAUUUGGAGAACAAGAUCACUCAAACACUAGCAGAUUAUUAGAGAAAGAUGAUAUGAUUAAUUUGUUCAAAAUAUGCUUUGAUACAAUUAAAAUAUAUGGAUAUUAGUUAAAUGUGAGUCCUUUAGCUAGUUAGUGUUUAUCUCUGCUAAAUAUUUCUCACAUUUUGAGAAAGAGUGGAAGAGUAGAUGAUGCCAUUGAAUGUGAAAUAUUACUUGGUCUCAGUAUGCUAAGCUCAAGAAAAUAUAUACAGGCUUCUGAAAUUUUGAAAAAAUGCUCUUAACAUUUUAUACAAAAAUAUAAAUAAACCAACUAAUCAGAAUUCAAUCUUUUAUUUUUUUAAGGAAAGCAGCAUUUUCUAGACAACACCCCAAAAAUGAGAAAAACUAAUAAAGAAUAAACUUAAAGGUAAAAAAACGAGGAAACUGCCAUAAACAGUGGAAAUAAUACUUCAGUAUAAGGGAGUAAAAGAGGUAUUAUAGGAUCAAGCGGGAAUAGCUAUCAUAGUUAUUCUGAAUAAUAAUGUAUUGGUACAAAUAAUAAAUAUUUGCUAAGAGCAGCAAAAAUGGAGCUUUUAGUUGCUGACUCAAUAAAUCAUCCAUCUAUGAUCAUAGAGAAGCUGUAAGCCUAUUAGAGAGCAACAGAAUACUUUACAAAUUAACAAUACAAAGAAAUAGAUUUUCAAGGUUCUUAUGAUGUAUAUUCUGGUCUGUUAUAGCUGUGUCCUUUUUUAUGCAAAUUUCUUGUUAAAACUCUCUCAGACACCUUCGAACCAAUUAAAUUAGCAGGUAUAAGAGGUUUAGAGUUUUUGAUUGAAUAUUUAGGUUGUACUUUAGGUAACUAUUUGCCUUAAAUACUUUCAGAAAUAUUCAAAACUUAUCCUUCGAUGAAUGAUUUAUCUGUAGAAUAAACCCAAAAUUAGUCUUUUAGUGAAAGUUAAUCAGGUAGUGAAAAUAUAACUACUAUUAGCGGAUCAAAUAGCUAAAAAUUAUCAAAAAGUUCAUAAGAUUCAAACAGAAAUAGAUCACAUGCUUUCAUAGAAGGAAUUGGUUAAUCUUAAUCAUAAUAAGAUCAAAAAAAUUAUCCUCAAAAUAAUGAUCAGCAAAAUACAUUUCUUAAGAGCUAAAAUUUAAUUAAUUUUAAAAUAAUCAUAGAUAUGUAUCAUCAUUUAUUAGAAAGCUUUCUGAAUGUUCUAGCAAGUGCUAGUUCUUAAAUUUUAAGGGUCAUAUUUUCUGAUGUUAUAAUUAAUAAUUUAUUUAAAUAAGAAGUUAAUCCAGAAUUAAAAAUAUAUUGUAUUAGAGUAACAGAAAAAAUUUUAGCAAUAUGUCAAGGUGAUAUAGAAGUAAGUCCUUAAAUUAUAAAUGAAGUUAUUAAUCUAUAAGAGGAAAUGAAUACUAGACCUAAUAUGAACGUCAAUCUUAAAUUUCAUGUGAAUAAAUUAUGGGAAUCAAUUAAAUUAAAAUAUAUUUAUAAUAUGGGAAGUUAAUAAAUGAAUAAAUUAAUUGAGUGGAUUGCUAGUAAUUUAAUUUAGCUAUCAGAGAACGAAAAUUUUUAAAAUUUUAGUUUUUUGUAUCAUUUACUUGAUAUUACUUCUGUAAUAUGCUACAAACAGAACGGUCCAAGUAUGUAGAAAAAAAAUAAUUUAAUUAAUACAAGUCGAAGCUAAAAAGAGAUUGCAUUUAACUCUCAUUUCCAAGAAAAGAGUAAUCCAAUAACUCCAACAAGUCUACAAAAUGGAGUAGGAUUACAAAACGCUAAUUAAAAAACCAACUCGAGUUAAAUUUUAACUACUUAAAACUAUAAUCAAAGCUAAGACUAUGAAUCUCAUAAUGUUAUAAUGAAAUUUUAUUUUAAACUCAAAAGUUAAAAAGCUGCUUUGAUUGUUAAUUAAAAUGAAUUGAUCAAUAUAGAAUAUCUCUUAAAGCCUCUCAUAAUAUGGGUUGAAAAUUCAUUACAAUAUUAAACAAAAUUGGAAUUAUUUAGAAGUAUUUGGCAUGUUCUUAUUGAAGUGCUUAUUGCUCUAAGUAAUUCUUCUUCUAGUCAGAAACAACUUUCUUUAAGUUAUGAGUAAACUCAAUCAUAGCAGAUUCAAUUUUUAUAAGAUGCUAGCUUAAACAAAAAUUUAGAUCAGGCAUCCAUAUUUUUUAAAAAUAACAAUUCAAAGUAGUUAAGCCACCUUACAAUAGCAGAUAUAGCUCUUCCGUUAUUAUAAAAAAUAAAUCAACACAUCUAAAAUUAACAACCAAACGAAAAAAUGCUUCAAUUUUUAGUGAUAAUUACUAACUCUCUGCUCCAAUUUCCUUAAGAGUCAUAAACUAUAUUAUUUUUUUUCCUUAAAUUUUUUGACUCUUAUGUAUAGUGUAUUCCUCACUCUAUUUACGAUGAGACUUUUAUUAUUUUUGAUAACCUUUGUGAUAUUAUUGCCCCUAAAAAUUUUACUCCUCGCUUAAUUGAAUAAUGCAUAAAUAUGUUGCUAGAUUAAUACACUGUUAAAGGCAAAGCCCAUAGAAAGAGUAAGGAUAAAUUUAUAUAAGUCAUUUUGCAAACUAGAUAAAAUUUGUAUGAAGCUUUACAAAAACUUCUUUUUGAGAACUAAGAAUUAUUGAUAAUAACCAAAAAGAAAAAUGAUACAAAAUUGUGCUCUUAAAUGCAAGAGCUUUUUAGUGAAAAGUUGAGUUUAGUUAGUGAAAUAUUUUCCUAGCUUAAUAAAGAAAAUUUUUUUGUUAUUGAGGAGUUAAUUUAAUCAAAUAAGCUGUAAAAACUUAUACUAGAUUUAAUCAACUCAAGAAAUUCAAAGAGUAGAUUAAAAGGGUUAAACAUAUUAAAGGUACUGUUUGAAUAAUAUUUAGAGAUAUACUCGUAUACAAUCAAACCAAUUGUAAGGCUUAAUCGCUAAGAUGCUUAUUUUAUAAAGUUGAUGCUUAUUUGCCUGAAACGAGGUCUUGAAAACGAGAGAGACAGUAAACUACAAUUUAACGCUCUUCUCAUAUUGGAUUAGUUUUUUUAGCAUCUAUUUAAAGGACCUAAUCUUUCAUAAGAAAUUAAACUAUCGUCAUCAUAAAAAAAUAAAUAAAUUCAUAAUAGCCAAAGCUCAAAUUCAACAAAUAUAGAUUAAAUUGAAAAUCUUAUAAGCUAAAUCAAUGAGCAGAUUGAAUUCGAUAGUAUGGAAUAUCUUUAAUUUAGAUAAAAGGAAAUCCUAAAACUUUGGCCUAUAAUUAGUAUGUUGAUAGAUUCUCCUUGGAGUAACAUAAGAAGCAUAGCAUAUGGAAUUAUUUGUUAUUGGGUCAAAGAUAGCAGUGGCUUGAGUGAAAAAAAGUUUUUAAGUUAUUUGAUUAAUACUUUAUAAAGUUUGUUGACUUCUAAAGAAAGUGAGUGUAGGACAGGUGGACUCAAUAUUUUAGGUAGUAUGUGUGGACUAGGCUUUAAUUUUGAUUAAUUAUAAAAUGACUUUAAAGAUAAUAAAAGCUUUGUUGAAUUUUUUAGAAGAAACAGUGACUUAAUUCCAUACUCUUUAUGGGAGACUGUUUAUGAUAUGCAAUUCGAUUGGGAUUAGACGAAUUAAGCUGCUUCUAUAAUAUUAGUUUAGCUAUGUGCUCCAAAAGAUUUAGUUAAAAAUAUAGUUAAAAAUAGGCAAUCAGGUUUAACAUUUAAAAUAACUUAGAGAGCAUCUCAAUAAUUGUAGGUUUAAAGCAAUGAGUAAAAAGCUAUAGAAGAAAACUUAAUAAGCAUGGCAGAGUAAUGGAAUUAGAUAAAAUCUCAUAAGAAACAAUCUGAUUAAUGGCAAUUGAAUAAAAAAGAAUAUUAAAUAGAUGACUAUAUUGAAGAUUAAUAUGUAUUUUGGAUACCAUAGCUGGAAAAAGAAGACAUUAUGGAGCUCAUUUCUAUGUUUAAGAAUGAAUUUAAACCACCCUAAACACUUUGGAUAGAAAGAGUUAACUAUAAUAUGGAGGAGUCAAAACAAGAAGAAAUUGAACAAAAUUAUUCUUGGAUAGAUGAAAAAUAAACUUAUGAUGGGUUUAAGUAGUUUGGAUUAGAUAAAGAAGAAGAAAUUUUGGAUUUAGAUGAUUUAGGAAUUAUAGAGGUUGAUGACGAAGAGUGGAAUGAAUAUGAUGUAGUAGAUUCAGAUAAUACAAGAAGGAAAAUUCCAAACUUAAAAUAAAAAAUUAACAACAUCUCACCUUAGCUAUAAAUUAGAGAUAAAAGUCCAUCAAUGAGAGUGGUGAGGAAAAGCAAAUUACAAUAACAACAGUAAAAUCUAAUAAAUGAUUCAGGAAGUGAUUCAUUUUCUUCUAGAGUAACCUAAAGCAAUGAAAAAGAUAUGAAGCAGCCAACCAAAUCACCAGAAAAAGCAAAUAAUUAGAUAUAAAAAAGUUCUAUAAUUGAAGAGGAAUCAGGGGAAGAUAUUAGUAGCCAAGAAGAACUCCAUAAUUAAGCAAAUGAUCCUUAUUCUGUAGUUGAGCAGUAUUUGCAGAUUGAUGAUGGCGAGAAUGUCAGAAUAAUUGACGAGUUAGAACUAAUGCAAUUUUUAAAACAAAAUAAUCUAGCAUUGCAAAAAAACAAUAGCAACAAUACAAAUUCAAGUAGCGAAGAUAGGUCUAAGAAAAAAUAAAAUACAUUACAGCAAAGCUCAGCAAAAUCAUAAAAAAUGUCAAAUUAUAAAAAUUAGUAAAGUUCUUCGUAAAAUUCAUCUGGUGGUCAGUAGUAAAAUAACAAUGAUAAAUAUGAUAAACUUAGACCAAACACCCCACCAAUUUUAAUUGAAGAGUUACCUUAAACCUUCUAAGAAACUAAUGAAGAAGAAUUUAAUUCUUAAAAAUAUUAGUUUAACAAAUUAAACUCAAAUUAGCUUUAACAGUUAAACAAUAAUUAAAUUAACAAUAAUCGUGCCUUUGAUCAUUCAAGUGAUUAAAAAAGCAGUUUUAUCAGCUUUUCAAAGAAUUCGUUUUUACCAUAGUAAAAAUCAGAAGAAUAUAUUUAUUCAGAUAGCGCAGAAAGUGAUGAUUAUUAAGACAUGUUCAUCAAAUAAUAGGAGUUUUUAUUUAGAUAGUAAAAAUAAUAAAAAUCUUAACUAAAAAAUAAUCGUGAUAUUCCUAAUCGACCUCUUUCAGCAAAAUUAAAAAAAGAAGAAGCAUCCAUGAAUAAUAAUCCACCAGGAAGCGUAUAAGGUUUAGGAGGAUCUAACUUUUAUCAUAAUUUCGAGAUGCUUCCUUAGUAAUCAUCUUCAUUACCAUCAAUUGCACAAGUAGCUGCAGGAAAUAAUAAUUAACUCAUCAAUUCAUAAAAUUAACAAAUCAAUAAAAAUUAAUCUGUGAAAGCUGCUUUGCCAUAGUAAGUGACUACAAAAUCAAUAAAACAGAGUAUUUAAAAUCUAAAGAACAAUUAAGUACAAGACGAAUCUUCAGAAGAUGAACAUCUUAAUAUACUAAAAUCCAGAUAUUCUUCAUCUAAACAAGCAAUUACAAACAACUCUGAUGCUGUUAUUUAAAACGAUAGCAAAUAUCUUCAACAAGCUAAUGCUCAAGAAAAAAAUAAAUCAAACAAAUAAGAAAUAAACUAUUUAACUAAUUCUAAAAAUUAUUAGUAAAUGAGAUACUUUUCUCCACCGAGACCUUAAUCAGGCUUUCUUAAGAAAAGUGAUCUUAAAUAUAUAAAUGAACAAAAUUAUGAAUAAAAUUAAAAUGGAGUUUUAGAAAAUGAGUUACUUUCUUCUCCAUUUGAUCAAAAUACUGAUAUAGUAAACUUAGAUAGUCCUUCUCCUCCUUAUAAAAGCUAAAUAUCAAGUUAAAGUUAGUAGAUCCAAUAAAAUUAAUCUAAUAAAUAUUAAUAAUAAUAAUAAAUUGAAAGCUUUAAAUAGAACAACAACAAUAAUAAAUCAAGUUCAGGAAACAAAAACAAGUCCAAAGAAAGUUCUAAUUCGUUGAUGGGUUCUAUUGGUUAUUAUUCUAAUGAUAGCAGCGAAUUAAAAAAUAAUAACAGCAGUAGCAACAAUAUUAAUAACAACUCAUCAACCAAAUAACAGUAAAUUUUAUAAAAUAAUUAUAUUGUAAAUCAGGAAGAAAGUGAUAAGAGUUAAAAACAGAGCAAUGGCUUUUAUCAAGAUAUAGAAAAAAUAAGUAAUUCAAUAGCUAAUUCAUAAAACAAUAAUAUUUAAAAUUAAUCAAACAACAACAGUAAUUCUAAGAAUCUCAACACUAUACAAUAAUUAGAUGGCAUAUUAACUAACUAACAGUUGACAGAUUAACAAAAGAAUAAUUAAAUAUAAAAUAAUUUAUCUAAUUCAUAGAAAGGCAAUUAUCUAAAUGGAAUUAUAUAAAAUUUUGGAAUUCCUGGAGCUAACUCUUUUGAGGAAUAAUACUAAGAAAAAGUUUAAAAUAUUGAAAAUAGAAACAAUUUGCAAAAUCAAAUUUAGAAUUCUGAAUAAUUAUUGUAAGUUCCACAAUCAGGCUAAAUUAGUGAAAGAGCAUUACUUUAAGAAUAAACUAAUAAUAGUAUUUCUGCUGCUCAAGGGAGCUUUUCAUACUUGAAUAUUUCUUAGUUCCAAGCUUACUAAAAUCCCUUAACUUCUGUUUCAUAAACUUAAGCCAUAUAGCAGAUAGCAAAUAGCACAAAUCCAACCAAUAAAUUCAUAUCUGAAAAGAUUAAUAUUAAUAGACUUGUAUCCGUUCCCAGUAAUUAUAAAGCACAUUUUGGAACGAAUUCUUCAUUAAGCGGUAUAUACCCUAACAAUAACACAUUUAAUGUUAAUUAUAACCAGAAUAGUAGCAAUUCUAACUAACUUUUUAAUACAACAUUAAAUGCUACUCUUAAUUAGAAUCAAUCUGUUUAGCAUCAUAAUAAUACUCUAGCAUCUCAUAAUUCUACAAGCAAUCUAUUCAAAAACGUAGCAUUAAAUAGCAGUAAUUAGUAGUAAAAUACACACACUCUACCAUCAAAAUCAACUGGACAGACCUAAUCUUCUAGGAGUAAAGAUAGACUAUUAAAAAAAUUGAUGGAAAAAAACAUAGAUUUUAAUGAUCUUAAAAGUGUUUGGAAAAUGAGUAGCGAAAUCAAAAAUAUAAGUCAACAUCAUAAUCACAGUCACAGCAGUAAUUAAAACCACCUUAUUAGCUAGAAUAAUUAAAACAUAAACUUCUCCUCUACUUAAUAAUAACACUACAAUCAUUAAUAAAAUUCUUCUGCUACUAAGCAAUUUGCAAUACAUUAUAACCCACAUUAAAAUUAAGAUAUUUAAUUUUCAAACAAAGAUCUUAGAGCAUAUGAAAGUAUUCAAAAUUUUUUAAAUGAAUAAAAUUACAACUAGUAAAAUACCAUAAGUAAAUUUUAAAGAAGUAAUUCUCUAGGAAGAAAUUAAAUGAAAGCAAGUACUUCAGCUUCAAAUCUACUUACUCCUUUACAGCUUCCAAUCUAAUCUAAUAGUAAAACUAAGAAGGAUUCUAAGAAAAAAAAAAUAAAAAAAAAAAUUGAAAAGCUUACACAAAAUUCUAGUUAUAAAAACAAUUUUUAAGGAAAUAAUCAUCUUUUUGUGGCUACUUCUUAGUCUUAGUAAAAUACAGCAAGAAACCAUCAUUAAGUUUAACAGUAUGAAAAGAAGAUCGCAAGCAAUGGAGUUAAUUCUGAAAGAAAUAUGAUCAAUCAAGAAAACUAGGUGGCAUUCAAAAAAAGUCAGCAUCCAUAAGGUGUAUAAAAUAACGUCUCUAUAAAUAGUCCUUAAAGAAAAAGCCUAUAAUCGUCACCUAGUUAAGAAGUAGGUAAUUUUUCUUUGGAAAAGAAAAGUAAAAGAAAUAGUAAGACUAAAAUCUAGGAAAAAACACUAAAUGGAUUUUAAGGAAGUUAAAAAGAGCAAUUACCUACUUAAAAAUAGGGUAAUAUAUCAAAUUAAUAGAUGGAAAGCAUUGAUGAAUAAUGA